CGCCCUCCCCCCAACAAUCACGUUCACUGGGAAUCCAGCUUUGGCAGGACUUGUUGCUAUUAUUAUUGUAUUACAUGGGAACACUGAGCCCUUCCUUAACGUAGGCUGUGAAUUAUAUCACACACCCAACCUAAUAUUAUUUGGGUUUACGCUUGGAGUAUUUGUCUAAUCAUGAAUUCUGACAUAAAGGGACUGGAGGCCUUCUCUGGCCCUAUUGUCUCCUGGAAAUCAUGGUUGUGUUCAGACAUCUUGUGAAGACCAAUGUUGUCAAGAUAGGUUCGUGUGUUACUAGUCAAACUGGUGUGUCGUGAUUAAGUGGGACUGGAAGAAACGCAGAGCUGUUGGCAGCCAGGCAUGGAGGAGACUCAGGCCUGGUCCUGGCGUCCAGCACUGCUCUAAGGGCAGAAAGAGAACAAAGCAUGUGCUGUCCUUUGGAUUCCUGGACUUAAUCACAAUGGGAAGGAGGGAGCUGGAAGCCAGGCUUGCAACACGUCUUCCUCUGCUGAGAUCGCUCACACCAUUACUUUGCUCACAUUUCCCACCACUUCUGAGAGGUUUCUGGUGGAAUGUUUAGGGUCUUGUUUUAAGACUAAGAUCGAGAGAGUAGAGGGUGCUGGAGAUGCCAGACGCUUGGUUCUGAGGAGGGAUUUGCAACGCAAUGGAGCGAGGAAGGGAUCGUUUACACUUGAGAACUACUGAACAGCACAUGCCAGAGAUUGAGGUCCAGGUCAAACGUAGAAGGACAGCCUCACUGAGCAACCAAGAGUGUCACUUGUACCCACGGCGUUCUCAGCAACAGCAAAUUUCUGUGGUGGAUUUCCAGGCAGAACUGAGACAGGCGUUCUUAGCUGAGACACCAAGAGGUAGUUAAAGCAGUAUUGGAACUUCAA